AUGCAAACGGGGCUAGGAACUGAAAAAUACAGCUGGGCUUGGAGUUUGUUACUGCCGGGAAAGCUGGAGGAAAUCUUGGAAAAUCUCGGCCGCAUUUUCGAAUGGGAAUUGCAGCCGAAAUCUUGGAGUUUUCAUGGCCGGGCUGCGCUGGAAGUUGCGGCUGGGUUUUUGUUCGAAUGGGGCAGAAACUGGAAUGUUGCGGUCAGAUUUGCUGGGCCAUGCUCGAAUGUGGCUGGAGGCUUGAAAGUGGAUGAGUUAGUGAAACUUGGCAGUCAAUAUUUAAAUUUCUUUGCGGCUGGGGCCUUUGUUGGUCUCCAAAAUUGGGGCUGA